AUGAGGCUAUCGCAAUUGCUCAGGAGCCUAACUCUUUCCAUCACCGUCACUGCCGCAACUACCACCAACAAUUAUUCAACAUGGAUGGCCGAUAGCAUCAUCUCUCGCGGCCAGGGGAUUGCUCCCGAGACUCCCACUGCCUCUACGUACCUGCAAAUCGGCAUUGUGCAACAUGCGCUGCUCCAACUGCUCGAUUCUCCAGUAGCAUCCUUUAGUGCCAAGGAGAAGUAUCGAGCAUACGUGCAACGGGGUACUGAGAGUAUUUUGGGCAAAUUUCUUAAUGCCUCGCAAGAUGCUUUGUAUCCUUUAGAUCGAUUUUCGUUGGGUAGGGGGUUGUUGGAGGUGUAUAUUGAUGAUGUGGAUAGGCAGACUGUAAAAGAAGGCCUUGAUGUGUUGAAUGAGUCUAUUGCCCUGCAGCCGAGAAAUCAAUACGGCGGCUUAUGGUACUUCACCUACCCCAACUGGAGCUAUCUAGACGGGAUGUACUCCUACACUUCCUUCGCCUCUCUCUACACUACCCACUUCAACCCAGGCGCAACACCUGAGACCACUCACGAUAUAAUCGACCAAUUAGAUCUGCUAUGGUCUCACUGCUUCGACAACACCACCGACUUCCUAUUUCACGGCUACGAUGCCUCCAAAACCGCCGUGUGGGCAAACCCCAUCACCGGCGCGAGUCCAAUUGUCUGGGGCAGGGCAAUGGGAUGGUAUUUCAUGGCGUUGAUUAAUUGGCUUGAAUUGAAUUACUUCUUGCAAUUGGAGGAGUCACUGCAAUGGAGAUAUGUUCAGUCACGGUUUGUGUCUCUCGCAAACGCGCUCGUGAGAGCGGCGGAUCCUGUUUCGGGCGCAUGGUUGCAAGUCUUAAACCAUCCGGGACGAGAGGGGAACUACAUCGAGUCAAGUGGGAGUGCGAUGUUCGUCUACGGAUUAUACAAGGGCGUCAGAUUGGAUUAUUUGCCACAGCAGCAAAAGUACCGAGAGACAGCAGACAAGGCAUAUGAGUACCUCGCUAGAAUGUUUGUGGUGAAUAAUGAGAAUGGGACGUUGAGUUGGAAUGGGACGGUGUCGGUGUGUAGUCUGAAUUCGACGGCGGAUUACCAGUACUACGUGAUGCAGCCGUUGUUGUUUGAUAGUGUGCAUGGAUCGGCGUCGUUUGUGCUUGCGAGUUUGGAGAAUGAGAUACAGGCUAGAUUAUAG